GACACGAUGUAGACGAUUGGCGCGAAGACGCGCAGAGCGCCCACAACGGAUGGAGCCACGAUGAACACAGUGAGGACGAACUGGAGCAGAUCGAGUGGAGUGACAAGGAGUUCGAAUGGACUGACGACAAAGAGGUCUGUGCUCACAAUUUUCGGAGGAACGACAUCUAGCCACUGACGCUCUCUUCUCGUAUCCCACUUGAGAUCUACGAGGCCAUCGUCAACCAGAUGGACAGGCGCAUGCUGACCACCGCCGCGUUAGUCUGUGCGGUUUGGUACCCUAAAGCCAUGCACAGCCUCUACCACACCAUCGAGAUACACGACCGGCCCAGCUUCGAGGCACUGUUCAGGCAGUCUUACAGGUAUCCGCGAGUCAGGCAGCGGCUCGCAACCACGCCCCAGCUGAUCGCGUCGGACGGGAUCAAAUUCUCCGCGGGCAAUGGGAGGAAGGAUGGUCGCUUCCUUCACGCAGUGCCCCUUGUCUUCGGCCAUGCGAUGACCACACUGGAGGUCCUCAUGAUGGAUGGGUUGCACCGGUUCAUGAACCCCGCCUUCGCAGCGCUGCCGCAGUUCAAGUCCGUCAAGUCGUUAGGCCUAUCCAAUUGCAUGCUCAACAAUACCUCACAGCUGCGACGGAUCAUCGGUGCCUUCCCCAAGCUCCAGACCCUCAUCUUACGAGGAAACAUCCUCGCUCGACAGGCUUCCGCUAACCGCGCAGACCCCACACAAUUCUCUAAGCGAGUCAAGAUAUAGCUUCGUGGCUUGACUCGGGAAUCUGCACGUCCCUCUAUGAUCUGACGGUCUGGUGUAAAGAUCGUUAAGACCAGUCUCCGCUGAGUGUCGAGGCAGUUGACA